AUGGCAGUUCAAGGGGUUGAGCAGACCAUCCUUCGGGAUCCGGCGCUAUUCUAUUGGAUUCUGUUCCCGAUUUCAAUUGUCAUGAUUCUGACCGGAAUCCUGCGCCACUAUGCCACGGUCCUGAUGAACUCGACUCCCAAAUCGCCAUCCUCCCUCGCCGAAUCACGCGAGCGCCUUGCCCUCCUCCGCGGCGUGAACCUUCGCAACAAUGCUUGCUCCGUACUCAACCGCGAGUCUUUCGAGAUGCGCAAGAACUACCUUGUUUCCGGGUUCCGAAGCGGCGCGUUUUUGAAGGACCCCAAUAACCGUGGCCAGCCACCUGCGAACCCCAUGACCGAUCCUGCAGGCAUGGAAGCCAUGAUGGGCAUGAUGAAGGGAAAUAUGAUGAUGAUGGUCCCGCAGACAUUGAUCAUGAGCUGGAUCAAUGCCUUUUUUUCUGGAUUCGUGAUCUUGAAAUUGCCCUUCCCUCUCACCAUUCGGUUCAAGUCGAUGCUGCAGUCUGGUGUUAUGACUCGUGAUCUUGAUGUGAGAUGGGUGUCGAGUCUUUCGUGGUACUUCCUCAACUUGAUGGGCUUGCAGUCCGUUUUUGGAUUCAUCCUCGGCAGUGAUAACGCCGCCAACCAAAUGGCCCAGCAAAUGGGCAUGGCCAACCCUGCAGCAAUGGUGAACCCGCUGCAACCCGGCCAAGACCCCGAUAAGCUGUAUCUCAAUGAGGCAGAGAACUUGGAGGUGAUGGAGCACUUCUGCAUCCUUGAUGGUGUGGAAGAGAGAAUCUUGCAGAACUUCGCUCCUCAGGGCGUUUGA